AAGCCAGAGCCAUGGAUGAAGCCGUUCAGCGGAUUGCAAAAGGAGGGGGCACCUGGGCCGAUGUGGAAGAAGCAGCUGCUGGCGGUUGGCAGAAGCAAGCAAUCACUGCUAUGCUUCAAGCACUGGCUGACGGCCACGCACAGGCAGCAGACCUUCUAUUUUACUGGGGAGUAGCUCCAGAUGUGGGCCUGACAAAGGCCGACGCUCCAAAGCCGGGCGAAAUGCAUAUUCUGAUCUUGGGAUGGGGCGGGUCGACAUGCAGCCAGUUGGAGGUAGUUCAGAAAUGGUGGCAAGGACGAGGCUUCCCCACUUUCACCACCACGUUUUGCAGCAAGAUGAUUGAGAAACAGCUCUGUGACAUCAAGGAAUUUUUGCCUACUGGAGCCGAUGUCCUGAUCCAUGCCUUCUCAAACAAUGGCAUAUAUUUGCUGCAGUCUCUCUGUCGAGAUCCUGAACGAUCAUGGCGCUUGGCAGGUGUUAUCGUGGACUCAGCACCGGAUGUAAAUAUCAGUCCUACACUCAUGAGGCAAGUGGUCAAUGGAUGCAUUCGAGCACUCUGCCUUUUUAACCGCAUCACUAUUGAGAAGAAGGCAGAAGCCGUGCUCACGGAUUUGAACGUUGUUGGCCCAUUGCGCGUUGGUGACUGCAUCAGCUUUUCAGCAGAACAACCCCCUGUGGUGAGUGCAGCGAGCGGCGAGCCACGUGGUGUGCUUUUGACCACCAAAGGCGUGAUUUCCAAGCAAGAUGAGGAGGCGAUCUCCGGAUUCUUGGAUCGACCGCUGCAGGGCAAGGAUUUGCAUCAGUUGAAGAGUUUUCAAGUCUCAAAGGUGGAGAUUGAGGAAAUCUCAGACUUUCUGGCCAAAGAAGAAGCUCCUUUGCUCUUUCUAUAUUCUUCCUCUGAUACCCUCAUCAAGCCCGCUGCAGUGGAGGAGUACAUCAAGACCUGCACCCGCGAAGGGCAAGCGAGCAGCAAACGCUUCGCGGGAUCACAGCACGUGCGUCACUUCCAGAAGCAUUUCGACGAAUAUGCUGCUGAAUUGAUUGCUUUCACGGAGCGUUGUAGAGACCGCAGUACUGCGCUGAUGCUGAUCCGUCAAGCUUUGCGAAGUAUUCCCUUGGUUGCGGACGACCCAAAGGAUUUGGUCGUAGUCUACGAGGAUGAAGACUUGCUUGCCGUCUCAAAACCACCCUUUUUACGAGUCACUCCAGUGCACAGGUUCGUUGGUAAGUCGUUGACCAACCAGGUACUUGGCUACCUCCAAGCAAAGUAUGGUGAAGGAUAUGACUCUGCGAUGGUCUUGCACCGUUUGGACCAAACCACCAGCGGACUGGUCCUAUGCGCCAAGAACAAGGAGGCUGCUCGAAUCUGCGGGGAACGUUGGCACGAUGAUGCAUGCAAGAAGGAGUAUUUGGCCAUUGCUUUGCCUCACGGGCCCAGUCGGUUGAACAACAUCGGCGAUACCUUGGUGGCCAGCCUGCUGACAGCUGAAUUUCCACAGCAGCCAAUCAUCCAAUUUUUGGGGAUGCUGAGUUGCUGUGAUGUUUCAUGA